GUUCUGCUAUUUCAUCGUCGCCUUCGCACGACAUGAAGAUCCGCGUCAAGCGCAUCCACGGAGUGGCAACGUGGUCCUGGGGUGUCAAGAACGAGGGGUGCUGCAUCAUCUGCCAGAACCCAUUCGAAGCAUGUUGCCCUGAAUGUACUGUUCCCGGAGACGGCUGUCCUCCAGUGUUUGGGCGAUGCGAGCACGCUCUACACAUGCAUUGCUUGGUCAAGUGGCUCGAGUCGCUUAAAGAUGCACAACACAAAUGUCCGCUGUGCCGGGAAGAGUGGAAGUUUCGCGAAGCAUAAUGGUAUGGUGGUAUUCUUAGCGGUCUCGGGGACUAUGGUUUCGAAAAGCGGUCCACCUUGGUCGUGCGCAAGUGAUACAAUUUGCGCAUGGGUAAGAACUCGGCCACAAAUUGAUUCACGUCGAUGUCGCCAUUCGUAAAACGUGCCGCAAUGUCCUCGGA